AUGUCAGUCAAAGGGCGCUUUGGAGCGGGCAUUCAGCUUGUUCCAGAUGCUCUUGAGCUCAGACCAAUUGGAGCGUCGCAGCUGCAACGCAAAUUGCCCAUUGAUCAAGCACGUGAUGGCGCGCGUAUCCGGAGAACCGACGCGACCGACCGUGGCGAUAAGCACCACGGCAAGGGACGUGCGGCCGAUGCACCAGUCGUCGACUCCACUUCAUUGAUCGAGCAGGAUCCCCGACUCCCAGAGGUCGCCACGAGUCCCGGCGUUUUCUUUCUUUCUCUCUUUGAUCCGUCGACUGGUCGAACAUCCGCUCCGCUGCCGCCUCUCUUUCUUGCGCUCGCUCUCACCGCCUGCUCGCCGUUUGCUUGGGUUCGAUCGCUCAUUCAGUCGCCUGUGUUAGUCUUCUGUUUCACUCCCGCCAUGGCACGAGGUAGACCCAGGGCGUCAGCCCAGUCUGCUUCUUCGACCGCUUCACCCGCAGCCGAUUCUUCAGUGCCUGUCAACACUCGCGCCCGGUCUUUGAGGUCCCGCACUGUCGUUCCGAACAGCUCCGACAGUGCAGACGAACUCAACACUGUCACGCCCAAGGUCGGCACCUUGAAGGCGGUCGCCAUCAUGUCUGCGCCCCGGGCAGCGCGAUCCUCGGCAAAGAAAGCUACCUCCACCGAGUCGUCGAUUGACUCGACAAGUCGCGACCAUUCUGCCGAGGUCGAGACCCCGGCUACGAGCUAUUCCAACACACCUGCGCCCUCGACCAGAGCGAAGCGAACAAGAAGCACGAGGCUUUCACAGGCAAAGGCUGGAAACGGAGGUACCGCCAAUGACGAAGAACUCGCUCGUACCUUGCAGGAGGAAGAGUAUGGUGGCGGCAGCUUCAAGAAGCCGAGGCGAGAGGUCAACGACAGUGAAGACGACGGAGAGGACGAUCAAUCAUGGAACCCUUUCAAGCCGACAAAGCCGGCAGUCAAGGAUACCGACGAUGAAGAGCUAUCCUCUGCACCUUCAGACCUUUCAGACGUUGACGUCCUGCCACUCGCGGCAGGCUCUAAGGGCAAGGACAAAGCUCAACCUCGCAAGACCACGAAGCUUCCCACACGCACUCGGGCAGCGCGCCCAAGCCGCGGCAAGAUGAUUAUUGACUCCGAGAGUGACGAUGUGGGCCUACCGAGUGAAGACACUGGUGAUGACUUCGUGGACUCGGACGCCGAAGACGACUCUGAGGACGACACCGAGUCUCAGGACAUACCACUUAUCAACAUGUCUUCCUCGGCACUGCAGACUUCCACUACUGAUACAGCUCGCUUCAACGUCCCUCAGCUCACCGAAGAGGAGAGGGCCCGUCUUCAGACACGGUACAUCCUCAUUCAAGACCCCCGGGAGCGCAGGAAGAAGCGUCACCGUGAUAACUUUGAGCGGUCGCAUCCAGAGCUCAAGACUAUGUGGAAGGACAUUCAGAGAAUUCCCAUCAUAAAGCCAACUCCUGUGCAGCAGCCAGCCUCAAUCAGUCGGAAGCUAAAGUCUUUCCAGCUUGAAGGUCUUGACUGGAUGAUCAAGCAGGAGAAGACUCAAUACAAGGGUGGCUUGCUCGGUGAUGAGAUGGGCAUGGGUAAAACCAUUCAAGCUGUCUCGCUGAUCAUGUCGGACUAUCCUGCCAAGGCUCCUACGUUGGUUCUUGUCCCACCGGUGGCUUUGAUGCAAUGGUCGAACGAAAUCAGCGACUACACUGAUGGAAAACUCAAGGUUUUGGUUUACCACGGUUCGAACGCAAUGUCUAAGAAGCUGGAAGUAAAGGACCUGAAGAAGUACGACGUCAUUAUGAUCUCGUAUAACAGCCUUGAGUCUCUGCACCGAAAGCAGGUCAAGGGCUGGACCCGCGCCGACGAGAUUGUGAAAGAAGCAUCACCAAUCCAUGCUAUUGAGUACCAUCGCCUGAUUCUUGACGAGGCUCAUAGCAUCAAGCAAAGGACGACGGGCAUUGCCAAGGCAUGCUUUGCUCUCAAGGGCAAGUACAAAUGGUGUUUGUCUGGAACCCCAGUCCAGAACCGCAUUGGCGAGUUUUUCUCACUGCUCCGAUUUCUGGAAGUCCGCCCGUUUGCGGAUUACUUCUGCAAGCAGUGCAGCUGUGCCCAGUUGCAUUGGACCCUCGAUAAGGACUUCAAAUGUUCUAAAUGCCGUCAUGCUGGUGCGCAGCAUCUGUCGGUCUUCAAUCAGGAGUUACUCAACCCCAUCACCGGCGAUGACCCGGUCAAGCGGAAGGACGCUCUGGACAAGCUUCACAUGAUCACCGCGCGUAUCAUGCUCCGACGCUUGAAGCGCGACUACACAAGCUCGAUGGAACUUCCUCCCAAGGAGAUCAAGAUUCACAACGAGUUCUUUGGCGAAGUGGAGCGCGACUUCUCAUCUAGCAUUAUGAGCAACACCCACCGUCAGUUCGACACGUACGUCUCGCGUGGUGUUAUGCUCAACAAUUACGCCAACAUCUUCGGUCUCAUCAUGCAGAUGCGCCAGGUUGCUGACCACCCCGAUUUGAUUCUGAAAAAGAAGAACGACGGCGGUCAGAAUGUUCUGGUCUGCAACAUUUGUGAUGAGCCGGCUGAAGAGGCCAUCAGGUCCCGCUGCCACCACGAGUUUUGCAGGGCUUGCGUCAAGAGCUACGUCCAAACGUGCGAGGCUUCUGGUGCGGAUGCGGAUUGUCCUCGCUGCCACAUUCCCCUUUCUAUCGAUUGGGAGCAACCGGAUAUCGAGCAGGAUGAAGACCUUGUCAAGAAAAACUCCAUCAUCAACCGAAUCAAGAUGGACGAGUGGACGUCUUCGACGAAGAUUGAGAUGCUCAUUUAUGAUCUCUACAAACUUCGCAGCAAGAAGCAGACUCUCAAGUCGAUUGUCUUCUCACAAUUCACGUCUAUGCUGCAACUCAUCGAGUGGCGUCUCCGCCGUGCUGGCUUCAACACUGUCAUGCUUGACGGAAGCAUGAGCCCCGUCCAGCGCCAGAGAUCCAUCGAGUACUUCAUGAAGAAUGCCGAUGUCGAGGUCUUCUUGGUGUCUCUGAAGGCUGGCGGAGUUGCAUUGAACUUGACAGAAGCUUCCCGUGUCUUCAUCGUCGAUCCUUGGUGGAAUCCCGCCGCAGAGUGGCAGAGUGCCGACCGUUGUCACCGCAUUGGACAGAAGCGCCCCUGUGUUAUUACUCGCUUGGUCAUUGAGGACUCCGUGGAAUCUCGUAUCGUCAUGCUUCAGGAAAAGAAGGCGGCCUUGAUCAACGGAACCGUCAACAACGAUCAGGUUGCUAUUGAGAAACUCACCCCAGAGGACAUGCAGUUCCUCUUCCGCGGAACUUGA